CUUAAGAAGAAAAAAGAGCAGUUGCAGCAGGAAAUUGAAGACUGGAGUAAAUUACAUGCCGAGCUCAGUGAGCAAAUCAAAUCAUUUGAGAAGUCUCAGAAAGAUUUGGAAGUAGCUCUCACUCACAAGGAUGACAAUAUUAAUGCUUUGACAAAUCGCAUUACACAGUUGAAUCAAUUAGAGUGUGAAUCUGAAUCUGAGGAUCAAAAUAAAGGAGGAAAUGAUUCAGAUGAAUUAGCAAAUGGAGAAGUGGCAGGUAAGAUCAGUCUCAAGGAGGAUGGACCCCUUUUCCCUUCCUAUCUUCAG